CCGGGUUCGCCUUGAAGAAGCGUGAAAAAGGUAAGAAGGCAAUAGUACACCACCCAUAUGCAUCACAUGGACCUUUCUCGGAGCCAAGCAGCGACCUCGACGGACUCGUACCCCGCGAACCCAGUUUCCAGGUGUGCCCACGUGACGUCGCGCUAAGCCUUGCGGACAAUCGCCGCCUCUCCUCCGCUGUUAGAGCCGCAUCACCAAAGCUUACGGAAGCCACAACACCGCGUAAUCACAACUCAACUCACCCAACCGUACCAUAACACAUCGCCGAUCGCAUCUCCGAAACCGCCACAAUGUCCGGCUCAGCACAAGGCAGCAACGAUAUGAAGAAGGCCGUCGUCAGCGACUCCAAGAACGGCGAGCAACCACUGGCGCCCGAGAAGAAGCCCGCGACACAGCUAGAGGAGGAUGACGAGUUUGAGGACUUUCCUGUAGAGGACUGGACUGAGGAGGAGACACAGAUCCCCAACGGCAACACACAUCUCUGGGAAGAGAGCUGGGAUGAUGAUGACACGAAUGACGACUUUGCGGUUCAGCUGAGGGAGGAGCUUAAGAAGCUGGGCAAAUGAGCAACACCUGACAGUCGACACGAACGAGACGCGAUUCGAACGGAAGACAUGACGACCCUUCAGACGAAUGAGGAUAUGGCUAGCUCGAGACACAUACACGGUUGAGAAAGUGAGCCCAAAGACUCCACGCAUCACGUCCAUAGGCCACGAGGUGGAAUACGGUAUCUUUAU